AUGCGCGGCGGUCCGCGGUCGCAGGCGCAGCAGGCGGCGGCCGAGUCGAUGCACCGCGUGCAGGAGGUGGCGCUGCCCGAGCUGUCGCUGUCCGCCGAGUACUCGGUGUCGCGCACGCUGGCCGAGGGCUGCUUCGCGCGCAUCCUGCUCGCCACGCACCGCCGCACCGGCACCACCGUCGUCCUCAAGGCCGUCCACGCCGAGCUCACCAGCGUGGCCGACUUCCAGCGCGAGUUCCACUACAGCUACCGCGUCAGCCCGCACCCCGCCGUGCUCUCCGUCUACCCCGUCGCCUUCCGCGCAGACGGCUGCUACGUCUUCGCCCAGGAGUACGCGCCGCUGGGUGACCUGUCCGGGGCGGUGAAGGCCGGAGGACUGCCCGAGGAGCAGGUGAAGCGCGUCGCCUCGCAGAUCGGCUCGGCGCUCGACUUCCUGCACUCCAAGCAGAUCGUGCACCGCGACGUCAAGCUGGAGAACGUGCUCGUCUUCACCGCCGACAUGACCAAGGUGAAGCUGUGCGACUUCGGGUCCGCGCGGCGCGAGGGCUCGCUGGUGUCGCGAGCGCGCUGCACGUGGCAGUGGUGCCAACCGCCCGAGGUGUGCGCGGUGCUGAGUCGCGAGCGCUACCACUGCCGCACGGCGGGCGACGCGUGGCAGCUGGCCGUGCUCGUCGUGGUAUGCCUGGCCGCGUCGCCGCCCUGGCAGGCGGCCGACCACAUCUCGGACGCCGACUACGCCGCCUUCUCGCGCUGGCAGCGCCGCCGCUCCACGCGCCUGCCGCCGCUCUUCCGCCGCUUCACGCCGCGGUUCCUCAGGCUGCUCAGGCGGCUGCUGGAGCACAAGGUGGAGAAGCGGGCGCCCGUGUCGGAGGUGGAGAAGUACCUGAAGGACACGUGGCUGGUGGGCGGCGCCAGCGCGGGCGGCCACGUGGCGACGGCGUCCGGCGCGGACACGUCGUCGAGCGCGGCGCUGCACGGCCGCGGCCAGCAGCCGAGCAGCGCCCUCAUGGAGGAGGACGAGGGCAAGGGGCGGCUGCGCAAGCUGCUCUCCAGCUACGGGCUGGAGACCACCGUCGACCAGCGGCUGGUGGCGCGCCGCGUCUGGGAGUGGGUGCUCGCGUGCGAGCCCGCAGAGACGGCUCUCGACGGGGUCUGA